AAAAGCGGUAGAAAAUGAAUGACUCAAUGAAUUCAUCUUUAUGCUAAUCAAAAGGUGUUAAUAUAGAGAUUCUUCGACCAGCUUUUUUUGCACUGUGCCCUUUAAAUCAGCUGAGCGAUCCUGCACAUACAGGUAGGAUCGUUAGGACCUUAAAGAAUCUUAAAGGAUCUUGGCAAUAGGUUCUUAAAAACAGCAGUGCCCUGAGAAAGAUGUAUUUUCUAACUUUGGACAAAACUUAAGUACUGUACAACAAAACCGAAAUAACAACAUUUAAAAUGCCAUGAAUGACAUCUCGCAGUCUUUAUAGACACGUUAAAAUAUAUUUGUUGUUGGCGUAUGACCCAAUUCUGCAACAACGAAAAGCUCACCUGAUGUUGGUUACUGUGUUCCGGAACACAGCACAGUUAGGUACAGCGCUUAAACUAAAGGCCGACAGUAGCCAAUCACUAAAGAGCUUCCAGUGAAGUCACAUAACAUUCAUCCAAUGAGCGCGCAGCUUCUGGUCACAUCAGCUUUGCCGUCAGCCGCCAUUGGCCAAUAGGGCGAUCUGCUCAUAGCACAAGGCUCGGUUAAAGGUCCCAGCUGGAAGAGGAGCUCAAACGUCGUCAUAAUGUUGCCCCAAAAACAACUAUAACGUGCUUGUAUUAGAAGUGGACCCAUGCAGGUACAAUAAAACCCCUUUUAUGGACCACUACCAACCCCUCAGAGGCGGAAAAAACGCUACAUACUCCACAAACACGCACAUUCAAACUUGGCUUGGUUUUAAAACCCAAAUAUGACAAAUGUAAACAUCUUUUCAUGGAGAUGUCCAUCCAUUUGUAUCACCCCCUUAAUUCGGCGUUGUUUAAUGCAACCUUAUAGUUAUUAUUGCGUCUCGUAAUGACAAUUGUACAACAGCUCUCUCUGCAAAAGUGUAAAUAAGGGUAGUCUAAAAACUAACUCUGAAUAUGCCAAACCUCCCUGAAAUUAAAUACUUAUAAUUAAAAUAGGGGGAAAAUAUAAUCUUUUAGUGACAAUCCUAACAGACACACAAAUAGAUACAUAUUUGACCACAAGGUGUCGCCAUUGGUCCAGGUAAAAACAUUACUAUGCGUUGGCUCCAUGUUGCUGUGCGUCAUUAAAAAAAAAAACAAAAACAGGUCACAUGACCAUGAGGUGAAGCCAUUGUGCUUUGUGAUGAUGUCACCGCGAUGACAUCAUCACAAAGCACCACCAGCCACAUUGGACGGUGAGGUAGUACCAUACCCCUUUUGUUGAUGUCAUCAUGGCCAAACAUGACUAUGGGGUAGAGCUCGUUAGCUUUGGCAAUAUUAUUAUCACUAAUCAUCAUCGUCACAAGACCCGCAACCCCCGAGACAUACGAGCUAGCUCGCUAGCUGCCUCUGUGGCACAAUGGAGAAUAAAAUGCAUCACAUGCAGGGAAAUGACUCCCUAAAUCAAAAUGUUCAACUCCUACAGUUUCAAACUGAGAAGUUCAGACAACUGUGGACUAAAGGCAAUCAGUGUUUUGAAGAGCUUAAGCAUUACUACAUUCAGCUCAAUGAGGAGUGGCAAACCCAGUGGCUUCUACGAGAGGAAACCAUAGGAUCCUACCAGCGGCACCUCGAGGUGGACUACAUCAAGUUGUUAGAGGAAUACGCCAAACUGUACAACACACGGGAGGCAAAUGAGAGGAUUCUUCUGAAAACCAACGCUGCACUGCAAAAAUGUAACUUGGAGCUCAAGCAAUACCACACUCAGCUCAACGAAGUGUGGCACAGCCGGUGGAUGAAGCGGGAGAAAAGCAUCGCCUCCCAGCUGAGAUUUCUUGAGGCGGACAACAGAACGCUUGUGAUGGAAAACGCCGAGCGGUCUCACACGAUGAAGGUCAACGACAAGAUGUUUCUGAAGACCAAGACCGAACUCUACAAAACCAGUUUAGAGCUGGAGAAAUUAAAAGCCGCCAAAGAUUACCUCUCGCUAGAAAUGAUGGAAAAGGAGGAGAGAUGGAAACGGGAGAGAGAGCAGCUCCUCAAAGAAAGACAGGACUUGCUGGAGGACGUGAAGUUGUGCGAGAACCUGAUCCGGCGCGUGGAGAUUGCCGUCAAAAUGAUGGAGGACAGGAAGGUGCUGAAAAAGAGGAACAACAGAAGCAAAGCCAAGAAAAAAGAGUGUGUCGAGCAGAAGGAGGAGGGGAAAGUGGAAGGAGGUGUCGAGGAGCUUGUGAGGAACACUGAGGAGAAAGAGGAAGGAGGUGUCGAGGAGCUUGUGAGGAACAUUGAGGAGAAAGGGGAAGGUGUUGAGGAGAAAGAGGAAAAAGGAGUCAAGGAGGUAGUGAGUGGCACAGAGAGAGUGAAAGGGAGUGAUGAGGAAAGAAGGAGAAAAGAGGAGAAAGAGAAAGAUGACGGGAUCUGUCCAGACAUCAAUGGCGAGUGGGAAGACUGUGACGAUGACAAGUGGGAAGAUUGUGAUAAGGAGGAGCAAGGAGAAGAGGAAGAAGCGGGAGAAGGAAGGGGAGAGGAUGACAAAGAGGAACAGGAAACGUGUGACCAAGAGGAAAUGGAUUUCCAAGAUGAAGAGGAAGUUGAUGAAGUGGAAGAAGGUGACCGAAUCAAAGCAGAAGAGGAUGUUGAGGACGAGGGAAAAGAAGAUACUGGGAAAGGAGAAGGGAAUUAUUUGGAGGGAGGCCAAGAAGACGACAGCGACAAAGAGGAAGUGGAUUUCCAAGAGGAAAAAGGUGACGAAGAGGAAAGCCGAGAAGAAGAGGAAGGAGUUGACACAGAAGAAUCGGAAGAAGAGGACCAAGACAAAGUUGGAAAAGAUGAUGAGGAAGGUGAUCAUGAUCAAUGGGGUGAUUAUGAGCAAGUGGGAAGCCCAGAGGAAGGGGAGGAGGAAUGCCAAGAAGAAGAGGAGGAAGGCGACCGAGACGAAGUGGAUUACCAAGAUGAAGAUGAAGAGGAUGAAGACGACCAAGAUGAAGGAGCUGAUUAUGAGCAAGAGAGGGGCCAAGAAGGAGAGGAACAUGACCAGGAAUUUGAGGAUUGGUGGCAGGACAUUGUAAACAAAACACACAAUGAUGAACAUGAUCAGGAAUUUGAGGACUGGUGGCAGGGCAUCAUGAGCAAAACAGAACAAGCAAGUGACCUGGAGGGGGAAGACUAUGAGGAAGAGGAAGGCCGAGAGGAAGGGGAACAGGAUGACCAAGAAGAUGAGGAAGAAGGUGACCAAGAGAGAAAAGAUUAUGAGCAAGAGGAAAGCCAAGAGGAACGGAAAGAGCACGGCCAAGAAGAAGAGGAAGAAAGUGACCAAGAGGGCGGAGAUUAUUUGUCAGUGGAAGGGGAAGAGGAAAAGGAGGAUGGUGACCAAAAGGAGAAGAAAGAGGGUGACCAAAAAGGUCAAGAAGAAGAGGAAUAAUAAUAAGAUAAUUAAAUAAGAGGGUGAUCAAGCAGGGGAAAAGGAUGACCAAGAGGAAGUGGAAGAAGGUGACCAAGAGUGGGAGGAUUAUGAGAAAGAGGAAAUUGAUGAGGAACUGAAGAGGAUGGCGAAGAGGAAGGCCAAAAGGACCAAGACAACAGUGAUGACAAAAGCGGGGAAGAGAAUAAUAAGGUGGAAGGGGAAUAAAAGUGUGCCAAAGAGGAGGUAAGAGUGACAAGGAGGAGCGUACCAAUAAACAAGGGGAGGAAGAGUGUGUCAAGAUGGACAAUGGCGUGGGGAAGAUGGGCGUGUCCAUCCAUCCAGCUAACCAUCCAUCCAACCAACGAAACAGCCAACCAUCCAUCUAACCAACCAACCAACCAACCAACCAACCGUCCAUCCAUCCAUCCAUCCAUCCAUCCAACCAUCCAUCCAUCCAUCCAUCCAUCCAUCCAUCCAUCCAUCCAUCUAAUCAACUAUCCAUUCAUCCAACCAACCAUCCAUCCAUCCAUCCAACCAUCUAACCAACCAUCCAACCAUCCAUCCAACCAACCAACCAACCAUCCAUCCAUCCAUCCAUCCAUCCAUCCAUCCAUCCAUCCAACCAUCCAUCCAUCUAAUCAACUAUCCAUUCAUCCAACCAACCAUCCAUCCAUCCAUCCAUCCAUCCAACCAUCUAACCAACCAUCCAUCCAACCAACCAUCCAUCCAUCCAUCCAUCCAUCCAUCCAUCCAUCCAACCAACCAUCUAACCAACCAUCCAUCCAUCUAACCAACUAUCCUUCCAUCCAACCAUCCAACCAACCAUCCAUUCAACCAUCCAUCCAACCAACCAACCAACCAUCCAUCCAUCCAUCCAUCCAUCCAACCAACCAUCCCUCCAUCCAACCAACCAUCCAUUCAACCAUCCAACCAACCAACCAUCCAUCCAUCCAACAACCAACCAACCAACCAUCUAACCAACCAACCAUCUAACCAACCAUCCAUCCAUCUAACCAACUAUCCUUCCAUCCAACCAACCAUCCAUCCAUCUAUCCAACCAACCAACCAACCAACCGUCCGUCGAUCCAUCCAACCAUCCAUCCAUCCAUUUUCUUUACAGCUUGUCCUGACAAGGUCGUAGGUAUGAUGAAGCCGCUGUCAGAUGACUUAUGGCGAGAGGCGGAGUACACAGCGGACUGGUAACCAGCCAAUCACAGAGCACAUAUAGACAAACAACCAUUCACACUCACAUACCGAUGAACAACCAAUAGUCUCCAAUGAACCUGACAAGCAUAUUUUUGCAAUACAUGGAGCAAACCCACCCACACCCGGGUGGAAACAUGCAAAUGCCCCACAGUGAUGCUCAAACGGAGAUACAUCUCCAGACUGUAUGGCCAACAUGCAAAACAGGAAUAAAGUGAAGAGGGGAGAGAGACUACCAGGUUGGAGAAAGACUGACACAAGAAAACAAAAAGCGAGGCGGAAGAAGGAGUGAGGUAGAAGAAGGGAGUGAGGCGGAAGAAGUGAGUGUCAUGACUGUUGGGAAAGAAAGAGGAGGGGGGUGUCAUAGUCCGGACGGAGUGAUGUGGUGGAGGCUGAGGAUUACAGUGUGUCUAAUGAAGACAGGAAUAUCACAGACAUGAAAGAGUGAGGUGGAGGAUGAAAGUGUCAACAUAAAAGAGGAGGGCGUUGCAGAGGAGAAAGAGAGGGUGAAGAAGACAUUGUGGACGAUGAGAGUGCCAAGAAGGAGGAGGGAGAGAAUAUUAGUGGAAAGGAGUUCCAAGGUGGAGGAGAUUGGCAAAGUAGAGGAAGACGCAAAAGGGAGUGCCAAAGUAGAUGAGAAGGAGUGUUAGUGAAAAGAGUGAAGGAGACACAGGGAGGGAGGGAGGGAGCAUGGUAAAUGACAACAGAGUGUCAUUGUCGAUUAGCUUCACUUUAUCUUCUUACUGAGUAUAUGUUUGGUUUCUUAUAUUCAGUUUCUUCAGCUUUGUGAGACGUUGUUUCACCAUGACAUAUCUCCACAGGCGUCUGCCGUCAGCUGUACUUCCUGUGGCCAUCCUGAUAGACCUGACAGAUUGACUCAGUUGGCCAACAACACAUCAAGAAUGUUCCCCCUAUCUUAGAUACCUCUUUCAGAUACACAUUUUGCCUGUCAUUGUGUCACUCUCCUACCAUUUACUCUGCAAAAAGUUGUGGGCUUCUUUGAGUUUAGAUCUGUAAUCACUUUCCAAUCUGCCUGGAGGAGAAAGAGAAAUCUAAUUUGACAAUGAGGUAAUGAACCCGUGAAACCAUUAUCUUCGAUAACCCAUUUCAAAGACUGGUUGAAGCACUGAUGGAAAUUCUAUUAAACAUAGCUGGCUGAUUUCUCUAUUUGGUGGCAGAAAGACACUUUCAAGCCUUGACAAUUUACUGGGUUGCAAGUGAUCAUUAUUCCGAGGAGCGUCAACACUCAAGCGUUACCUAAUGAUUGAAAGGCAACAAGCCCAGACUUUCUGCUAAUGACCCCUCAUAGACUAAAAACACAGCGAUGGCCACUAUCUCUGUCUCAAUGGAUUAUUACCAUGACUCCUAUCACUGAUGGUUUGGGUUCAUGCACGGCAGUGGACUCGGGUCUGUGGGUGUCUGGGCCAAAAAGUUUUGUUAUCUGUGCUUUACUUAACUUGGCUCCAUGAACCAAUCCCGUUCACUUUGUCACUUUUAAAAUGGUAUUUUUUGGUAGCUCUACAUUCAAGAUCACAUUCCUGUUGAUAGCCAAACUGGUUGGGCCUCAACUAAACCAAUUUCAUAAAGACUGGGAACCAGUUUCCUCUCUCAGGCACACUGCAGGGGUUUGUGCUUGGCCCCAAUCUUUACCUCUGCUUUCCCAGUAUCAUCAUGAGCGCUCAGGUUUGCAGAUGAUAAUUCACAUGCCACUUUCAGGUUUCUGGACUACAGACUAUCAUGGACCCGUAAUAGAUCAACCACACUGAAGAGCACUUAGCACUUUCCAUAAAGGGUACCUUUAACCAUUGCAUACUAUGGCACUUGCAUCAAAGUACCCAAUUUCCAUCGACCGUCGAACCCCCGACAAUCCACAAAAAUGCCUACCAGCUAUUCAAUGGACCGUUCAUAUUUGUAUAUUGCAUACAUUUACUGAAUUCAAAUUUGUAAUUGAGUCCUAGGAGUUGCAGUUGUAUCACUACAAACAAAAAGUGCACAAGCAAAAAGACUCGUCACGUGGCCACAGAACCUGAAAUUAUCCACCUUGCCCUGAGGCUCCAAACACAUGAAUCUUCAAAUUAUGAAAUGCUGAAAUGUGACACCAUGUGUGUGCUUCUCCAUGUGAUAUUUAUCAGCCUGCUGAAUGCGUGUCGGCCAUUAUUUGUUCUGCGCCUCUUUGUGUAUUCAUGUCAUGAAUAAUGCCUGCUGAUGCUAAUCAGAUGGCGGACCCGAGAGCGGUCUCAAAAGCAUCCUCCUGGAAAACCAAUCAUCCGCGUGGCCUUAUAGCGACAUUGCACUUGAGGAGUGCACCGUCUCCCAUUUUGCAUAGCAUUGGACUAACCACAGGCACUGAUUAGCACCAUCCUCCCCACUGAUAAAAACAGUUGUGUCUUGAUUUUAAUGAACUGCUUCACAUUAGUGAGGCCCUUCUUUCCUCCCUGUACACUUGCCUCCACUUGCCCUCUCGCAGUCUGGGGAAAAAAUGGGGCUCUGGUUGGGGAUUACAUAAAUAAAUAAAUAAAUCGGUCAACACUUCUAUCAGUAAGCAGCCCGGCCAGGCGCACUCUAGAGCCAAGACAAAAAUAUUGACAAAAUGUCUGCUGCUCAUCUUAUUAUCUUGCCCAGGGUUGCUUUUGCCAAAAUAGCCCAUGCUGGAGGCAAGCGAUGGUGGCAGCCUCUGUGAGUGCAUUCUGCAGGGACAUAGAUGUUUGCAAAGCUCGCCACAAGUGAGCUCUGAGUGCCGCACCAUCAUUCCCCGUCUGAAUGCUUCUGGAUGAAGCAGCAGAAGUUUGCUGAUAAGUGAUUUGCUUACCGCCAACCAGUUGCUUGGCACAGGGAGUGACCCCAAGUAUUGCUCAAAACGGGCAGAAUGUUAUGAGACAGAGGAAAUUGAUGAACUGAAGAGGAUGGCGAAGAGGAAGGCCAAAAGGACCAAGACAACAGUGAUGACAAAAGCGGGGAAGAGAAUAAGGUGGAAGGGGAAUAAGUGUGCCAAAGAGGAGGUAAAAGAGUGACAAGAAGGAGCGUACCAAUAAAGAAGGGGAGGAAGAGUGUGUCAAGAUGGACAAUGGCGUGGGGAAGAUGGGCGUGUCCAUCUAUCCAGCUAACCAUCCAUCCAACCAACCAUCCAACAGCCAUCCAUCCAACCAGCCAUCCAUCCAUCCAUCCAAACAUCUAACCAACCAACCAUUCAUCCAACCAUCCAACCAUCCAUCCAUCCAUCCAGCUAGCCAUCCAUCCAUCCAUCCAUCAUCCAUCCAUCUAACCAACUAUCCAUCCAUCCAUCCAACCAUCCAUCUAUCCAACCAACCAUCUAACCAACCAUCCAUCCAUCCAUCCAGCUAGCAUCCAUUCAUCCAUCCAUCAUCCAACCAUCUAACCAACCCUCCAUCCAAUCAUCCAUCCAUCCUUCCAUCCAACCAACCAUCUAACCAACCAUCCAUCCAUCUAACCAACUAUCCAUCCAUCCAUCCAUCCAUCCAUCCAUCCAUCCAUCCAUCCAACCAUCCAUCUAUCCAACCAACCAUCUAACCAACCAUCCAUCCAUCUAACCAACUAACCAUCCAUCUAUCCAACCAUCCACCCAACCAACCAUCUAACCAACCAUCCAUCCAUCUAACCAACUAUCCAUCCAUCCAUCUAUCCAUCCAUCCAACCAUCCAUCUAUCCAACCAUCCAUCCAUCCAACCAUCCAACCAUCCAUCCAUCCAACCAUCCAACCAUCCAUCCAUUCAUCCAACCAUCCAUCCAUCAAUCUAUCCAACCAUCCAUCCAUUCAACCAACCAUCCAUCCAUCCAUCCAACCAUCCACCUAACCAACUAUCCAUCUAACCAACUAUCCAUCCAUCCAACCAACCAACCAUCCAACCAUCCAUCCAUCCAUCCAUCCAUCCAUCCAUCCAUCCAUCCAUCCAUCCAUCCAUCCAUCCAUCCAUCCAACUAACUAUCCAUCCAACCAACCAACCAUCCAUCCAUCCAUCCAUCCAUCCAUCCAUCCAUCCAUCCAUCCAUCCAUCCAUCUAUCCAGCCAUCCAACCAUCCAUCCGUCCAUCCAACCAACCAACCAACCAACCAACCAACCAACCUCCUCUUAAGAGAACAGACCAGAGAAUGAGGAUUGAUGCUGCAGAUAUUGCCUAGUGAAGCGGGUCCUUGCUCUGUGCCGGCGUUGACAAAUGUGAGCGUCAAAAAUGACUAAAUAUACCAGAUGACAACUACAGAUAGCGAGCAAGUCGACUGCGUGAACACCGGGAAGUAGAUGGCAUAAAUCAGCCCACAUAAACGGGCAAGUGUCAUAUCAUCCAACCUCCCCCCCCAGGCUCGACUGAUAAAAUGCAUUAAUACAUAAUAAUGAUACAUAAGAGGUGAGAAAAGUACAUGCAUCAACUUUGCAGCUGUCAUUUAGAGAGAAGAUGGCUUCCUACUAAAAAGGUGCAAAAUGCUACUAUGUUCAAAAAGAAGCCUGGACACCAGUCCCACAGUGGAUAGGGAAUUGGCGGCAUGUGUAGUAUGAGCAGUGGUGAUUGUGUAGGGGCAGUGCCCCACUAAAUGGUGCUGUUUUCCUAUUCAAAUCAAUAGUGAUUUGAUAGUGACAUGGAUACGUUAAUCUUCUACCGCUUAUCCUCACGAGGGCUGUUGAGGAGGUGCUGGAGCCUAUCCCAGCUGUCUUUGGGCGUUAGGCGGGGUGCACCCUGGACUGGUGGCCAGCCAAUCACAGGGCACAUAUAGACAAACAACCAUUCACACUCACAUUCAUACCUAUGGACAAUUUAGAGUGGCCAAUUAACCUAGCAUGUUUUUGGAAUGUGGGAGGAAACCGGAGUACCCGGAGAAAACCCACGCAUGCACGGGGAGAACAUGCAAACUCCACACAGAGAUGGCCGAGGGUGGGAUUGAACUCGGUUUUCCUAGCUGUGACGCCUGCACGCUAACCACUCGGCGCCGUGCUGCCACAUGAUACAUGUAAUCACAAAAUUAAUUUAUAAAAAUAAACUGGUGUCAUCAUUUUGGUGCUGUUUUUGGAGAAAUCCUAUUAAUUUUCAUCUUUUGCACUGAUUACAAAAUCAACACAUUUAUAUAAACCAUUUAUAAAUGCUAAUUUCUAUCUGUUGUCUCUGGACAGGUUGAUGUUAAGCACCUUAAGACACAGUUAAAACACAUGAAGACACAAUACAAUAAAACACACAAUAUGACAUUACAUGAGACCCUCCCAACUCAACACCCAACCAAAGACCAGAACUAGUUCAAAUGAUGAAAGUGCUGAAACGCUUAGUCCAGAAUCAAAUCAAAUAGAGUACACGGUCAUGAUCACACAACUUGCUGGACACAAUCCACUUCUUUAGUUGAUGUUUGAAGGCAGCUAAAGCAAAACUAGAGGAAUCUCUAAUCGGCAGUGUUCCAACAGGUACCGCCUUUGAAGGAGAGGACAUUUUGUCCAAAAGUACUUUUUCUCUGUGGUACGUGACAAUCACCUCUGGAUACGGCACUUGUGGACCGGGAUAGUCGGGUUUUGAUCAAAUCAAAAACAGGUCCUGGGGGAGUGGGGGCGGAGUCAUUUCUAAAUAUCACAAGAUUUUCAAAGCAAGUACUUUGUACUUUGAUGGUUAAGUUCUGGUCUUUUUGUCUAAUACUUCCAGGGCUCUUUUACCGUGUGUACUGUAUACUGACUGCAUGUCUUUCAGUAGCCACGUAUACAUGGACCCAACUAUUCCAAUGGCAUUCAGUUUAUUUGCUUUAUUUCUGUUGUUUAUUGGUGGUUGGCAAGCAGCUUUCGUGUGCAUUCCCGCCAUCUGUGGAACAGAAUCUAAACCCUUCUAUACGCCAUUCACAAGUCCACUUUUAUUAAAAAAGAAAAAUAUGUAUAUAUCUAUAUAAAACAUGUCCUGAGUUUAAUUAUAAAAUAUUAGCAAGAUUGAAUUUGAUCUUUUCCUGUUUAAAUUUAUCCCGGGUGCGUUCUUUCAGCGCAUGCUCAGAUAUGACGUAACACGCAGAUCCAGACGUUCUUCGGUUUUAAAAAUGGAGGCGAGCAAUCGGCACUGGACUGCUACGGAAACUUUGUGUUUGAUCCAAACUAAAUUUCAAGACUGGACGAACUUAAAAGUGGCAAUACGGAGUUAUUCCAACAAGUGAAAGAAAAACUCGGGGAAGUCGGUAUCACGUGAUGUUGAUGUUUACGCUUUAGUGCACAUGACCCAUUGACUAUUCUGGUUGAUUAUAGCGGCGCAUGUGGACAAGAGAUUGGAAUAUUCCUUUCCAUAUAUAACAUUGUUUUCGGAAAGGUCAUUCGGAAAGAGAAAAACUCAUGUAAACGUGGCUAAUGUCUUUCAGUAACACCAACUAGUCAUACAGUAACUUAUUAAUUCAUUCAUUCAUUUUCUACCGCUUAUCCUCACGAGA